CGCGUCCUUCUCUACCCGAAUCGUACCAUGUCAUGGAAUAACAGUCUAUCCGUCCUCAUCAUCUGAACAUAAGUAUCGUCCCAGGAGGCACCAACACGCUAUCCGUGCCACUGCCUGUUCAACGGACACCAUGACCGCGUCUGGUCCGACCUACGCGGACUUCGAGAAAGGCGACUUCGUGUUGAAAGAAAGCUGCAGCUCCAACGAGGCUGCAAGCUACUCGGAGCAGGACAGUCGACGCCUCGUUUGGCGACAGGACGUACGGAUCAUCCCUCUGGCGUGCGUGGUUUACCUCCUGUGUUAUUUGGAUCGCUCAAAUAUCGGGAAUGCGAAGGUCGCUGCGGAGGAUAAGGGCCAUUCUCUGGAGAAAGACCUAUCCAUAUCGACUGGGCAGUACAAUGCCGCGUUGAUGCUCUUUUUCGUGGCGUAUAUGAUUUUCGAAACACCGAGCAAUAUUCUGCUCAAGAAGAUCGGGCCUGCUCCUUGGAUAGCCUUCAUCACCUGUGCAUGGGGUAUCGUGACGAUGUGCUUGGGCGCGGUUCAGAAUUUCGCUGGCCUUGCGGUCGUACGCUUUCUACUCGGAGCGAUAGAGGCGGGACUUUUCCCGGGCUUUGUAUAUUACCUCACCUUCUGGUACCGCCCGGAAGAGCGUAGUGUCCGCGUUGCCUUGAUCCUGGCAUCUGCGACCUUGGCAGGGGCUUUUGGGGGUGCCCUUGGAACAGGCAUCACAUUCAUGGACGAUGUCUCUGGUAUUCAUGCCUGGCGAUGGAUUUUCAUCCUGGAAGGAAUCCCUUCCAUCAUAUGCAGCGUAAUCGUAUGGUUCUGCCUGCCUAACUACCCGGAAACAUCAUCAUGGCUAUCCGAGGAAGAGAAAGCAUUAGCCGCAGUCAGACUCACAGGCGACAACUCGUCCCAUGGUUCACACGAGUUGACCUGGGCAGAGGCCAAAGAGACGCUAACGGACUGGCGGCUUUAUGUGCAUUAUCUCGCGUAUAUUGGAAUAUCGGCACCCUUCUCGUCGCUCUCGCUGUUUGCGCCGACAAUCGUGGCUGGUCUGGAUUAUAAGGGAAUUGAUGCCAAUCUUUUCACAGUGCCUCCUUACGCUGUCGCGUGGGUUUUCACUGUCGCCGUUGCAUUUGCGGCCGAUCGCUGGAAUCGCCGAGCUUUGGCGAGCGGAGUGACCUCGCUGAUCGCUUCGAUAUCAUUCUUGCUCUUGGCUGCCUUGGAUGGUGACCGCUUCAAAGCACGUUACGGUUUACUGGUUAUAGCCACGACCUUCUCCUUCGCGUGUAUACCACCUCUACUAGGCUGGCUGUCUUCCAAUCUACGAGGCACAACAUCAGUGACCCUUGGCGUGCCGCUCAAUAUCUCGGCCGGGGCGAUUGGGCAGAUCGUCGGAGUCUGGAUAUACAAGUCCAAUGAAAAGCCGGCGUUCAAGACCGGAAAUUACACCAAUUUCGCGUUCCUGCUUAUGACUUCCGCGCUAUGCGGGGUCUUAACUGUACAAUAUCGCAGGCGGAAUCAGGAAAUCAUUAGAAAUGGUAGUGACCAGAGGCUGUGGGUAUUAUAGGAUGAUAUGGAUGGGUGUGCCCGUCCCCACGAGGGGACGGCAAGUUUAUAAUACUGGCGAUACGUAGCGACAUAAUGGAGAGGAUGGACAGAUGGCCCUUGUGCGUAUGAUUGCAUUUGUUUGAGGCAAUGCUAGUAUGACACAGUGCCCGGAAAUUGGGGGUGUACUGAGAGGUUUGCGGUCCGGAGCUUUCAACGUCCUUAAUUGGGCCUGCUCAGGCAUACAUAUUCCAUGUUCAUGAAGCAACCGAAGUGGAGCCAAUCCGCAGCUCAAUGAAGCGGAGAACGUGACGAGGCAAUUGCCUCUAUGGUGGCGCCUCCGUUCGUUCGCCCCACCGGUAUAGCUGGCGCCGUGCGCCGUGGUUUGACCGGAGGAGGGGGAGGCGCUGCUCGACGCUUCGGUUUCCCGGCAGCUGAUGCGUUGAAAGUAUUGGACGGUGUCACCGGCUUGUUCGCGGGUGCCGUCGUCGUCGACGAGGCGGAAGCAGUUCUGAAUGACCCGCCUUCGAUUGCGGGAGGGCUCGAGAAUGAGUGUGUGAUGAUACCAUCCACCGCCUUGCCCAGUCCAGGCCCACCUUUGUCAUACCCAGCCGCCUUCGCCUGCGUGAGGACGGCUGUUAUGCUCGUGCUGGCGCCGUCCACGGUGAGCGCAAAACUGCGAGUGCUGUUCGACUCGAGUAUAUCCGCUGAAUCUGCGCGCUCCCGUCGUUUGGCCAAGAAGGCCGGAUCUGCGUGCGCGCUAGCGGUGGCGGCGAUGAUGGGAAGACUCGAUGAGCUACUGUUCUUCGUGUUACUGGACCGGCGGAGGUGUUCUAGUCGAUAGGGCAUAGGUUUCUCGCGUGAAGACGAUUCCGAAGCUUCCUUAACCUUAGCGUUUAAAUUCUCCGCGCUACGGCUGCCCUUUAAGCUUCGUUGCCUUCCGAGAGUGGAGGGUCGGCGCGUGUGAUGCGCGGGGUUCACGUCGCGCGACAGCGACACGUCAGCGGACAGGGGACUGACAGUGUCUUGUCGAGGUGGUGGCGCGCUGUUUUUCCGAAGACCCUCUUGCACGCACCAUUCACCGCUGAGGCAGCGUUCAACGAGGCGCUUCGUGGUGGGGUCGAUGUCGCGGAUCUCAGGCUUCUCAACAAGCGACUCGAGGGCGCGCACGAUUUGAGGCCGUUUGUAUGGCAUGCUCCGCAGUUGCGUUUUCGUCAGAAGGGGGUGCAGAACACGAAGGAAAGUGUGACGUAAAGAUUCGCUCUCCUCGUCCAAGUCAACAAGCUCGCGCAGAAAGACAUCGACCAAAACGCAGAGGUCGUUGGUAUAAAAGAACUCUGACGUUCCCUUGGUAGUAAAGAGGAGGUAGAGCAUCUUGAGGACCAAAAGCUGCAUGCAUCGAUCUUCCGCGCUGUGAUCGCUAGCACGGUUCAACAUGAAAAUCAUGCUUUCACCGAAUGUUUGACUGGAAUUCAGACGGCGCAUGAGAACCCGUAAAACACGAUUUUGUGAGCCCUGCUCUUCCACGUGCUUGGAUUCAGGGGUUUUGCGGCUCGAUGGCAGCACAGCGACCAUGAAUUGUUCAUUCAAGGCGACGAUGAGUUUGACGACCGCAAAGUUAAGCGAGUCGUCCUGAAACGUCCUUGUAUCUUCGACCAAGUCAAAUAACCGAUCCAGAAAACCAUCGUCAAAUAUCUUGAGCUCCUGCAAAGACAUUUUCUGCACCCUACAAACCUCGUACAUCAACCGAACGGAAAGAGAUCUCAGUUUCGCCUCGAUGGGUACAACGAGACCCUUCGCCCAUCCUGAACUGGAGCCGGCCGUGGUGCCAACGUAGGUAUCGUCGAUGUCGGGGUCCAGGUCGACGAGCACGUAGUCCAUGAGCAAGGGGAUGAUUGGCUGCCACUUCUUGUGAGACCGCAAAAAGUCGGAUUUGCGACGACCAUGCAUAAGGAGGACGUUGUACAGUACGAACUGUCGAUGCGGAUCGGUGGUCGUCUGACCCUCGUCUAGAAGGAUCUCACACAUCCGUUCCGAGUGAAAUGACAUCAGAUCCGAGUCCAAGAGGAUAUCUAUCGCAUGUUCCAGCUGAAGGGGGCUCUGAAGGUACUGUUCGUGGUAUGAUGCACAGAACGUGAUGAACCGCUUUAGAGCGUUGUCCAGAACCGAGAGCGUCGAGUCGGACGGAACGUGGAUGAUGUCCUCCAGCUCUAGCCAAAACUCCUGAGCAUUCUCGAGUAUAUAGACAAUACCGAGGUCAUCCGCCAUCGUAGCAGUGUCGUAUGAGGAUGGUAGGCUGUUCGUCGCUAACUCCGUUCGACGUCUUCUCGUUCUCCGCCGUCAGUAUCGGCGUCCUGGCAGCAUCCACAGAUGCAAUGCACCUGCUACUGCUGGUUGGUCGGUUCUGUACGCCGGUAUCACUGCCGGUGUCACUCGCGGAAUCGGACAGCAGCCAACGGGAAAAGGAGUCGAAUCCGGCCGUCACGGUCGAGUGUUGCCGAGUGGCUUGAGCCU